UAUAUCGGAGAGAGGAAGCACUGGAGAGUGAAGCCCUGCUCGACAAGAUAUAUUUUUUGUGUACCGCGAAUGAGCAUAUUUAUCUAAAUUAGUGCUUUUAGUUUUUAUUCGUCUUCACCGAGCGGAGGAGGACGUUUACCAUGGCAGCAGUGGCUGUACUGCGGAAUGAAACACUUCAGGCUUUUCUUCAGGAUCGCACUCCAAACUCUUCCCCAGAGAACUGUAAGCACUCUCCGCUGGCUCUCCUGGCUGCCACUUGCAACCGGAUCGGGCAUAACCACGGAUCAAACCCCGCUGAUUUCCUCCAGGUCCCCUACGAUCCCACGCUGGGUUCUCCUUCGCGUUUAUUUCACCCGUGGACUAACGAGGGAAACCCUCAGAGCAGCCUGGCCAACAACUCUACUUUCGGACUAUCCUCCAAGCCCCAGCUGUCUGCGCACAUCCAGAGCUCCUUCAGCUCCCACCACGAACUGCCCCUCACCCCUCCGGCGGACCCCUCGUACCCCUAUGACUUCUCCCCCGUGAAGAUGCUGCCUUGCUCCAUGCAGUCCACCUGCCCUCCCACCUACGUCCCCGCCGUCAGCUACGCGGCUCCAGCGCCCAUUCCGCCCGCGAUGCCAAGUUUUGUCACGGGACCCUCCGGCCUUGUGCACCAGCAGCAGAGACAGUUGUCCCCAAACCCUGGAGAGGAUAUUCCGUGGUGGAGCCUCCAGCAGGGGAACCACGUAAGCCACUCUUCCUCACUCGGUCCUCACCGCUUCCAGCUGCAGAGGGGCUUGGUUCUGGGACACACGGACUUUGCGCAAUACCAAACGCAAAUCGCCGCUCUGCUGCACACAAAGUCCCCCCUCGCGACUGCGCGGCGGUGCAGGAGGUGCAGGUGUCCGAACUGCCAGUCCUCCACGUCCAGCGACGAGCCCGGGAAGAAGAAGCAGCACAUUUGCCACAUACCGGGUUGCGGGAAAGUUUAUGGGAAAACUUCUCACCUCAAAGCGCACCUGAGGUGGCACUCGGGGGAGCGGCCGUUUGUGUGCAACUGGCUGUUCUGUGGCAAGAGUUUCACCAGGUCGGAUGAGCUGCAGAGACACCUGAGGACUCACACAGGGGAGAAGCGCUUUGUUUGCCCGGACUGCUGCAAAAGGUUCAUGAGGAGUGACCACUUGGCAAAACACGUCAAAACUCACCAGAACAAAAAGAGCAAAUGCCACGACAAGACACUUGAUCACGUGAAAAGAGAGGACACGAGGAUGUUGUAACACACCUUAUAGUCAUCUUAAACAGUAGACUUUAAAAUAGUGCAAUACAGUCAGUCCUACACUAGUUACAAGUUCACAGUGAGCUGCGUUUUUGUAGGGUACUUGGUUAAUUUUGUUGGUCGAUUUCUUACAUCCUGACAAUAGUUUCUAACAUUGCUGGUCUGUGUAGCACAUUUGUGUGUGUGUGUGUGUAAAUAUAUAUAUAUAUCUAAAGUUUCAUAAGUUAAUUUGGGACCAUGGAGGAGCUCAUAAGUUUGAAUUCACUGUCUAUAUCAUAUCAAGGAAGACAAGUUUUCAACUUGUGUUUUGAUCAAUGUCUUCGGUGGAAGAUUUCACUCCCCUGUAAAUGAUAUUUAAUAGCUUUUGUUGAAUGAAAGUGUCUGUUUUUGCUCCAUAUGGGGUGUUUAUAAAAGCAUGCUCUCCAGAAGAUCUGCUAUUGUUAAUAUGACCUAAAUGCUGUGUGAGAAUAAAAGUUAUGACGUUUUCCUCAUCUCAGAACAAUUCCUUUAAUAUCCCUCAGUUUUAUGAGUGAUGAUGAGGCAGCCAGGCGUUAUAUAUAUAUUUUUUUUUUCAUAUCACCUGGAAUAAUGUGUGUGCUUUGUGAAAUGUUGCAGACUUAAUGUUGUCAAAGUUUCCUGCCAGUAAAAUCCAGUCA